AUGGCGCCUACUAUCCUUGUCGCUGGAGCCACUGGCAACACCGGAAAAGCCCUUGUUGAAACCUUAUCACAACUUCUGAAAACCACCGCCUUUUCUGGACACAGAAUCCUUGCUCUUACUCGUUCCUCGGGCGGAGCUACAGCACAGCAGCUCGCAAAACUGCCCAACGUUGAAGUAGUCGAAAAGUACUGGGCAGAUAUCACCUCUGACUGGCUCCGUGAGAACAAUGUUGUCAGAGCUUUCAUCGCUUCGCACGUCAACCCCAGUCAAUUCGCUGAAGAAUCGGCCUUCUAUCUGGCUGCUCUCACGGCAGGUGUUCAGUAUGUCGUGCGAAUCUCCACAACCGCUGCGAAUGUACGCCCAGACUGCCCUGCGUACUAUCCCAGGAACCACUGGGCAAUUGAAGCCCUACUGAGCUCACCAGAAUUUGAGGCUCUGCGAUGGACUUCGCUGCAGCCCAACGUCUUUACCCAAUACUACCUUGCCCCUGCUGCCGAGUUGAUCAAGAACUUCCGCAAGACCGGGAAGCAGGAUACCCUCAGGCUUAUGGCUUCAGAGGAUGCGCCCGUUGGCAUUAUCGACGCCAACGAGGUCGGAGUUUUCGCCGCUCAUCUCUUGGCUGCGGAUGAUGUCAUUCCGCACAACAAGGCUAAAUACGUCUUGAACAGACCAGAGGAUAUCACCGGGCGCCAGAUCAUCACCAUGAUUGAAGAGUACAUUGGCACCAAAGUUGAAGAUGUUAGUUUCAAGGACCUGUCUUUUCUCGACCACCAGGCAGCCCAGAGUCCAGAGUCCAAGAACCUGAUUCUGUCGAUCAAGCAUGCUCCGGUAACAGCCUGGGAGGGAAAGUGUCGAGCUGACACGACGAGCAAGGAGGUCCUUCAGCUGGCUGCGCCGAAAGUUACGCCUGCUGAAGCUUUGAAGACAAUGUUGAAGGAAUAG